AACAAAAUGAUGCAAUUUAAAUUGUAUAUUAACAUUGACAGACCAAUAUGAUGAAAAAGUUGUAAAAUAUUUUAUUUUUAGUAUUUCUGUUUUUAUUAUGUCGAAGAACUUUUACUCAGUUAGUAUAUGCCCAACUUUACUUAAUAAUAAAUCAAGUUAUAAAAUGAUUAGAUCACCAUGUUGAAACAUCACUAUAAUUUUAAAUAGUAUGACCCAGUUUCAGUUAGUUUUAAUUUUGAAUUCUUUAUUGGCUUUGUUGAGUAUGAAUGUAUGAUUUAUAUAGCCACUGUAGAGAGAAACAAUCCAACGACCAAAACAAAACAAAAAAAUCCUACGACCAAAUGCCUUGAUGAAGCUUAAAUAGUCGUUGAACCAACUACGACAAUUGUGUGAUAUACGCAAGCUACAACCAUUUUAUAAAUAUUUGUACGAUAGUUUUAUGAUGAAUAUAUAUAUAUGUCAGUCAGUGACUGUUAUUCAUCAUCAAACCAUCGUACCCGUAUUUAUUCAAAUGAGAAUCGGCUAGAUAAACAUGAAUAAAGAUCUACACUAGGUAAAUGAGAAUCUGUGAUAUAUAUGUAACAUGAAUCGGCUAGAUAAAUGAGAAUCUGUGAUAUAUAUAUGUAUCAUUAUCUAAACUUAUAACUUGACAUUAUCCUAAUAAUACAAACACAACGCUCACUAGGUUUUCUGCAACCGAUUUGAAAGUUCUGAGCCACGGUCUCAUCUCCAAGUUAUCUGAAAACCCUGUGCUUAAAGAUAUGAUGAGGAUGAUGAGACUCUGGUUAAAUAUGAUGACGAGGUGGGGAAGAUCAGUGAUGGCAGUAACAGAAAAUAAUAGGACAGUGUAUCUUCCCGAGGACAUGCUUGUGGAGAUACUCUCCAGAGUUCCAGAGGCUUCUCUGGCACGGUUCCGAUCCACCUCAAAAGGAUGGAACGCUCUUAUCAAAAAAGAAAGGAAACUUGACUACAAGUCUCUUGUUGUCAUAUUAAUUGAUCGUAGGGUUUAUUUAGCUAGGCUUGAUCUGCACGGCAUUCAAGACGACAACGUUGUCAAUCUAAUAAGUCAUUUCAGCCUCAAUGAUCCUCUUUCCACUUCUUCGAAAGAAGUUGGUAUACGCCAGGUCUUCCACUGCGACGGCCUACUGCUAUGCACCACCAUGGACAAUAGAUUGGUGGUUUGGAAUCCAUGUUCAGGGGAAACCAGUAGGAUGAUCAAACCGUUAAAUUCCUACUCUCGGUAUGACACCUACGCUCUCGGUAAAUCCUCGAACAACAAGUACAAAAUCUUGAGAGUGCAUCAUCAUGGACCUGGUUACUUGGAACCAUGCCUUGUUGAUUACGAAAUCUAUGACUUCACAUCUAAUUCGUGGAGGGUAGUUGGUAAGACUAGAGAGUGGUCCAUUCCACAUAUGUGGCGAGGUGGAACGUCUGUGAAUGGAAAUACUUACUGGCUUACUUUUACUUUUAGGCAAAACGGUCCAAGGUCGAGGGAUACGUUACGAUGUUUUGAUUUUUCAACAGAGAGGUUUGGACCUGUGUCUCUUCCGGGUGAUCCUCGUUCUUAUUAUGUCUUUGCUUUAUCAGUGACUAGAGAAGAGCAAAAACUUUGUCUCUUAACUUCUUCUCGUGAUGAGGUAUACGAUAUAGAUGUAUGGAUAGGAACUAAGAUUAAAAGUACCGGAGACAUGUCAUGGAGUAAACUCCUAACAGUGGAACGAACCCAACGCUGCCAGUUCAUUACGCUUCGUACUGGGAUGAGUUUCUUGGCCGAUCGGGAGAAUAAAGUUUUAGUGCAUCCCACUAAAUAUAAGAUCUCUAGUAACUGCUUAUUACACAUUUUGGGAGAGGAUAAAUACAGACAAGUGGACCUUCAUGAUGUAGGAUUUAAAUGCUCACUUCCUGUCCAGUAUGGUCCAACUUUGGUUCAAAUCCAACAAGGUUCUUUGGGGGUAGGCACAUGGAAAGCACCAAUAACGUGA